UGAAGGUCUGAAAUGUACAUGAAACGCAGCGUUUUGUUCAUGUACGAAAAGGUUUAAGAAGGCGAGCCGGAGAAGGAGAGAUAAUCUCGGCAGUCUCAACGGUUACCUCGUCCGUUACUUACAACAGAGAUAAUAUUUCAAAAGAGUUUUGAAUUUCGGUAACCGAAGUGAUUUUGAAAUAACGGUAUAUGAAUCUAUGGCUACAAGAGUGAUCAUAAACGACGCCGAAUCAGCUUCUUCAUCAGUGGUUAUGAGGAAGCAUAGCAGUGGCAGUCAACGUGAAUCAGAGUUUAUAGUGUUCGCGAGAUGCGAAUGCUGUGGACUGACGGAGGAGUACACGGAGGCGUACAUUGCCGGCGUGGCGGAGCGGUACGAAGGACGGUGGAUAUGCGGACUGUGUGCGGAGGCAGUUAAAGACGAGAGUUGUAGGUCAAAGAGAGGUAAAAUAAUGAUCACUACUCACGAAGCUCUGAAUCGUCACAUGAAGUUCUGUCAGCAGUUCAGAUCUUCUAGUCCGCCUAAACAUCCUACUGAAGAUUUAAUUUCUGCCAUGAAACAUCUGGUUCGACGGUCUCUGGAUUCCCCAAGAAAGAUUGAGGGAUCACUUCCGUCGGCUUUUUUCUCAUCACAAAAAGGUGAGCCAAAUAAUUUUACCAUCUAAAUCAAUCUGUAAUCAAUAAUUUUCUUGAGUUGUUAAAGGAGUAGUCGUACUUGUAUUGUACUGGUAAGAUUUGGU